UCAUGUGAGAUCCCACUGAUUGUUCUGGCUUACAACCAUGCUGUGCAAAUUAAUACGGGGCGCAGGUUUCAAUUCAAACAAGCUUUAUUUAAAAGAAUACAUUUCAUGACUACAAAGAUAACUGGUGUUCUGACAAGACGAAGGUUCUGCAGGAGCUGCGGUGGGAAAAGGAAAACCUUCGAUCAUCCUGGAAAUGGAACUUCUCUGAGAAUGUUGACUACUUCCUCUUCUCCCUUUCUUCUGUGCCUGUAACCAAUUCCACUUCCCUUUUAUCGCUGUCAGUCCCUCGCCCGUUGUCGUCCUAGAAUCCUUCAACAUGGGCUGCAUGCAGGGAAAGCCAGCCACCAAUGUGCCCCCCAAGGUGUUCGAUCCACCUAACAAAGCAGAAGUGGCCCACUAUGUGAGAGACCCUACUUCAAGUAAUCCUCCGAAAAAACCUAAGGAAAGCUCAGUUGGUGGAGGGGAAGAUGGGGACCUGGUGGCUCUCUAUGACUAUGACGGGGUCCAUCCUGAAGACCUAACGUUUAGGAAAGGCGAUUAUUUCCAGUUACUGGAGGAGUCCGGGGAGUGGUGGCAUGCACGCCUGAUACACACAGGAGAAGAAGGCUAUAUUCCCAGUAAUUAUGUUGGAAAAGUUAAUUCUCUGGAGUCCGAAGAGUGGUAUUUUAAGGCAGUUGGAAGGAAAGAAGCAGAACGGCAGCUGCUGUCACCUGAGAAUCAGAUUGGAGCCUUCAUGAUACGAGACAGCGAGACUAUGAAAGGCUGCUACUCGCUAUCUGUCAGAGACUUCAACCCUAAGACUGGAAAUGCAGUCAAACAUUACAAGAUUCGCAGCAUGGACAAUGGCGGAUUUUAUGUUUCACCAAGGAAAACUUUCAAUACUCUGCACGACCUGGUCCACUUCUACCAGAACAACAUGGAUGGAUUGUGCCAGAAACUCACCACAGCGUGCAAGUCCGCUCGUCCAGAGAAGCCGUGGGAGAAGGAUGCCUGGGAGGUGUCCAGAGAUUCGUUGAAUCUGGAAAAGAAGCUCGGUGCCGGGCAGUUUGGUGAUGUUUGGUUGGCCACAUACAACGGGCACACUCAAGUGGCAGUGAAGACGAUGAAACCAGGAACCAUGUCUGCGGAGGCCUUCCUCGAAGAGGCGAACAUGAUGAAAACAUUACAGCACGAUCGCCUGGUGCGUUUGCACGCUGUGGUGACGCUGGACGAGCCCAUAUUUAUCAUCACUGAGUACAUGCAAAAGGGCAGCUUGUUGGAUUUUCUGAAGAGUGACGAAGGCAAUUCUCUCAAGGUGACGCAGCUUAUCGACUUUGCCGCCCAGAUUGCGGAAGGAAUGGGGUUCAUAGAGCAGAAGAACUACAUCCAUCGUGACUUGCGAGCAGCCAAUUGCCUGGUGUCCUCCACUAUGGCAUGUAAGAUCGCUGACUUUGGUCUGGCCCGUGUGAUUGAGGACAGCGAGUAUACAGCCAGAGAGGGAGCCAAGUUCCCAAUAAAAUGGACUUCACCCGAGGCUGCCAACUACGGCUCCUUCACCAUAAAAUCCGACGUGUGGUCCUUUGGCAUCCUUAUGACUGAGAUAAUUACCUAUGGAAGGACACCGUAUCCAGGUAUGUCCAAUCUGGAGGUGAUCACAGCUCUGGAGCGUGGCUACCGCAUGCCAUGCCCAGCAAACUGCCCGCGGGAGCUGUACAACAUCAUGCUGGAAUGUUGGCAGCAGGCCCCCGAACAGAGACCGACCUUCGAAUACCUGCAAGGUAUCUUAGAAGAUUACUUUACAGCCACCGAACACCAAUACCAGCAGCAGCCCUGAGGGGGCGCCGACCCCGCACCGGGCAAUGCCAACUGGGCUUACAGGCCAACCUUAUCUUCACCAAGUUAUUAGCAUUUCAUCUGCACCAAUUCAUAGCAUAAAAGAGAAAACUGCUUUGUGCCAUUUUAUAAAUUGUCAAAUUUUAUUCCUGAAUUAUUAAUAUUUUACAGCUGUGAAGGUUAGGGCAGAAUCUUACGGAAAGGACAUUGACGCACUGUGCCUCCGGAAGGUUCUGUUCCUAGAUCAUUUUAUGCACAAUCGUAUUAGUAGAGGUAAGAGAGACUGGAAUAGCACUGUGGGUAGCACUGUGCACAUUGGAAGCUAUGAACCAGCACUGUGCAUGCUGAAAUCUCUGCACCAACACUGUAUACACUGAGAUGAGCUCGGGCAUCCUCCACGUUCAUUAUAUUCUGCCCCGCAGCUCAUCGGUGUACCAAAAAGUGGGAGUUCGGAGGACGCCUGAGCUCAUCUCUUCCCUGCACCAGCACCGUGCACCCUGAAAACCUCGGCCCAGUACUGUGCCCACUCUGCACCAGCACUGUGCCCACUGAAAACUCUGCACCAGCACUGUGCCCACUGAAAACUCUGCACCAGCACUGUGCCCACUGAAAAAUCUGCACCAGCACUGUGCCCACUGAAAACUAUGCACCAGCACUGUGCACACUGAAAACCUUGGCCCAGUACUGUGCCCACUGAAAACUCUGCACCAGCACUGUGCCUUCUGAAAACUCUGCACCAGCACUGUGCACACUGAAAACCUUGGCCCAGUACUGUGCCCACUGAAAACUCUGCACCAGCACUGUGCACACUGAAACCUGCACCAGCACUGUGCACACUGAAACCUGCACCAGCACUGUGCACACUGAAAACUCUGCACCAGCACUGUGCACACUGAAACCUGCACCAGCACUCUGCACACUGAAAACUCUGCACCAGCACUGUGCACACUGAAAACUCUGCACCAACGCUGUAUACACUGAGAUGAGCUCGGGCAUCCUCCAAGUUCAUUAUAUUCUGGGCCGUAGCUCAUUGAGGUAUAUAAAAGUGGGAGUUCGGAGGACGCCUGAGCUCAUCUCUUCCCUGCACCAGCACUGUGCACCCUGAAAACCUUGGCCCAGUACUGUGCACACUGGAAGUUCUGGACCAGCACUGUAUACACUGAAAACUGCACCAGCACUGUGCCCACUGAAAACUCUGCACCAGCACUGUGCCCACUGAAAACUCUGCACCAGCACUGUGCACACUGAAAACCUUGGCCCAGUACUGUGCCCACUGAAAACUGCACCAGCACUGUGCACACUGAAAACUCUGCACCAGCACUCUGCACACUGAAAACUCUGCACCAACGCUGUAUACACUGAGAUGAGCUCGGGCAUCCUCCAAAUUCAUUAUAUUCUGGCCCGUAGCUCAUUGAGGUAUAUAAAAAGUGGGAGUUCGGAGGACGCAUGAGCUCAUCUCUUCCCUGCACCAGCACUGUGCACCCUGAAAACCUUGGCCCAGUACUGUGCACACUGGAAGUUCUGGACCAGCACUGUAUACACUGAAAACUCUGCACCAGCACUGUGCCCACUGAAAACUCUGCACCAGCACUGUGCCCACUGAAAACUCUGCACCAGCACGGUGCACCCUAAAAAAACCUUGGCCCAGUACUGUGCCCACUGGAAGUUCUGCACCAGCACUAGCUGUGCUGAAAACUCUGCACCGGCACCGUACCCACUGAAAACUCUGCACCAGCACUGUGUCCCCUAAUAAACUCUGCACCAGGACUGUGCACCCUGAAAACCUUGGCCCAGUACUGUACAAACUAGAAGUUCUGAACCAGCACUGUGUACACUGAAAACCCACUGAAAACUCUGCUCCUUAAAAACUCUGCACCAGCACUGUGCCCACUGAAGACUCUGCACCAGCACUGUGCCCACUGAAAACUCUGCCCCAGCACUGUGCCCACUGAAAACUCUGCACCAGCACUGUGCCCACUGAAAACUCUGCACCAGCACUGUGCCCACUGAAAACUCUGCACCAGCACUGUGCCCACUGAAAACUCUGCACCAGCACUGUGCCCACUGAAAACUCUGCACCAGCACUGUGCACACUGAAAAUUCUGCACAGCAAUGUGCACACUGAAAACUCUGCACCAGCACUGUGCACACUGAAAACUCUGCACCAACACUGUAUACACUGAGAUGAGCUUGGGCAUCCUCCAAAUUCAUUAUAUUCUGGCCUGUAGCUAUAUAAAAGUGGGAGUUCGGAGGACGCCUCAGAUCAUCUCUUCCCUGCACCAGCACUGUGCACCCUGAAAACCUUGGCCCAGUACUGUGCACACUGGAAGUUCUGAACCAGCACUGUGUACACUGAAAACCCACUGAAAACUCUGCUCCUUAAAAACUCUGCACCAGCACUGUGCCCACUGAAAACUCUGCACCAGCACUGUGCCCACUGAAAACUCUGCACCAGCACUGUGCACACUGCACAGAACCCGUUAGGGACUUUCCUCCUGUUUGUAAUCCGGAAAUGUUCGUAAGUUGGCCGCGUAUGCACAGAGCGACAAUUACGGAAAUUUCCGAUGUUCCCUUGAAUGCUGUUCUGAGCAUGCGCAGAGCAGCAGACGGUCCACGCAGAACGGCAGAGGGUCCCCGCAGCGCCCGGUUCGUAAGUAGGAGUGGUUCGUAAGUCAGGCGUCGGGGACCCCCUGUACAUUGAAAACUCUGCACCAUCAUUGCGUAAACUCUGGAUUAGUACUAUUCAGACUGAAAACUCUGCACCAGUAGUACUAUGCACACUGAAAAUUGUUAUACAGCACUGUGUGACCUGCACUCUGUAUGGUGGCAACUGAACCAAAUAAAAAAAUAUUAAAACUG